CUCGCAAGCUCCCCUGUAUCAAAUCAGUGUUAAUCGCUCUCUCAAACCUACAAUACACAGUAAAUUAGGAUAACAAACCAUCCCGCCCAUGCUGUAGUGUUAUACUGUGGUCUUAGACCGAUGUCCAGGGCUAUGUGAUUCAGUGUACCUGUUAGUACCCUAGUGGUGAGAUGCUGUACUAAACACUCUAUGCCGGUAUAUGUAAUCCAACAGAAGCGUAGAAUAUCUACUACGGUGUCGACACGAAGUAAUCGCAUCACUGGCUAUGAAAAACAGUACAUGAAGUGUGCAGCCUCCCACAUCGCUGUGACGUCACGAACUUGUGUCUGCCGGCGAUAAUAUCAUCCUCAUCCUAACAGCCACAUCAGCCAGACUGGGCCCGCUUCAGGUACACAUCGGACACAGGUAAUCCCAGUUACAGACAAUUUGCAGACAAAAUGACAGCAAAGAAUUAUAUUCUAAUGCUGUUACCAAUCAUGAACGGACUCCUCUAUACACACGCCUCCAAAGAUACAUUGCAGCAAGUACAACGAGAUUUCUGGAAGUGGCACAUGCGAGAUUCUCCGCAAUUCAUGACCGCAACCGGAUUUAAUAAAUACAACGACUUGCUGGAGUCCAUGAACAUCAGCAUGUUCGAACAACGCAAGACGGCAGUAGAUGAAUUCCUUACCCGCCUUGCAAGUCUGCCAGUAAAAGAACUGACGUAUCGUCAGCGAGUAGACUAUGAUAUUUUACAAGAUUACCUCCAAACCUUUGUGGAUGGAUACAGAUGGAGGGAUUUUCUCGCUCUGAAUCCAAUCAACUUUAUCGAGGGCAUCCAGAGCAACCCGCAGGCUAUGGUGGACAUCACGCCGUUCAUAUCACACGGAGAUUUCAUCAAUUAUCUUGCCAGGCUAAAGGAUUUGCCUAAAAUGGUCGAUGAAAUUAUCGACAGAUUAAAAAAAGCAAUCGAGGUACAACAUACACAUCAUUUGUCAGCCAUCAAAGCAGUUCCAGGACAAAUUGAUGCAUUUUUGAAAUCCGAGCCUUCAGAUUUGAUAUUAUUUAAACCCUUUAAUACUACGCUGGAUAACAUAAUGCAUAUUUCAGAGGAAACCAAAUCACACUGGAGAUCCCUCGCCCGAAACUACUGCUCAGACGUCAUAGAUGCAUUCGUAAAGUUAAAGAAUUUUGUUGUUGAAAAAUAUAUGGAAAACACGAGAAAACACAUCGGUGUAGGUUCUUGGAGAGAAGGGAAGGAAUUCUACAGAGCAUGUCUAAAGUUCCAUCUGUCUGUAGAUAUGACUCCUGAGGAGGUUUUUAAACUAGGACAGGACGAGGUGGCCAGAAUAUUAAAACGUAUGAAAAAGGUUAUGAAGAAGCUUGAAUACGAAGGCAGCGUACGAGAAUUCUUUGACAUGCUGAAAUUAGACGAAGGUUUGCAACGUGCAAAUGCAGAUGAGGUGUUGAUGGAAUACCGCUCUAUUUAUAAAUACAGAAUAAAACCAGCUUUAUCAAAAUAUUUUGAAAACUUACCUGAUAAACCUUUAAGGAUAGUAUCGCUGCCAUCUGAUGGCCCACAGGGCCUGUAUAUGACGGGGUCGAAGGACGGCGAGAGGCCCGGGACAUUUUACGUCAACACAAAUAGACCGCAGUCACAUCCCACCUUUACAUUUAUGGCGCUGACGCUACACGAGGCGGAACCUGGUCAUCACUUCCAGCUGAGUUAUGCGGCGCAGUCGAAACUUCCGGAAUACAGACGUCAUCUCGAGAUUACAAAAUAUUUCCAGGUGCCAUUCAACUUUCCCUUCUACACUGCCUACGUCGAGGGAUGGGGACUAUACGCUGAAUACCUUGGCGAGGAGUUAGGCUUGUAUCAAGACGACUAUGAAAUGAUGGGGCGCUACAGUUUCGAGAUAUUCCGGGCGUGUCGACUGGUCAUUGAUACUGGAAUCCACUACUUCAAUUGGUCUAGAGACCAGGCUAUCGGCUAUAUGAUGAACCACACCGCCAUGCCCCUUAAGACAGUGGAAAAGGAAAUAGACCGAUACACCAUGAUGCCAGGCCAGGCAUGCGCAUACAAAGUCGGCGAAAUCAAGAUCAGACAAAUCCGUGAAAGGGCGAAACGAUUAUUAGGUGACGCGUUUGAUGUACGCAAGUUCCAUACAGUGGUCCUGGAGAACGGUCCGAUGCCGCUGAGAGUACUCGAGAGCGUUGUAGACAACUGGGUAAAACUAACUAAAGAAACCGCACAGAGCGUGAUGUCUCACACAGAGUGUGGCAGUCCAAUUAACUCCGCUGUCUUAUCUAAACAUAGUACAUUUAUGUUUAUUAUUGUUUGUAUUUUGUUUCUUUGUCAUUAAAUAUGUUAUUCA